AUGCAACGUACACAUAUUGUAUUAUCAUUAGUCAUUAUAUUUUGUAUUGGUUUAUUAUGUGCUAUACCAAUGGGAUUACAUGUUCGUGCAAUUGAUUUAUUUAAAGAACGUGAUGAAUUAUUAGUAUUGUUUCUUGGAACAGCUGGUGUAUAUGCUCUGAUCUUUCUAUUUGUUUGGAGGCAUGAAUCAUUUAUGUAUGAGAAAUAUGGUAAUCCAAAAAUGAAAGGCAAUUGGGUACGUAUACAUGCUACACCGAAUUCUUCAGGUGAUAUAAAUGAUUCCAAAUGGAAUUCAAUUAAAAAACGAAUAUCAUUUCGUAAUAAGUUAAAAGAAUCAAAUGAUUUACAAAAUGAACAAGAAGAUAAACAAAAUUCUAGUGUCUUUGAACAUGAAGAAAGACAACAAUUGGAACUUCAUGACCGUCAACAAUAUGGACAGAGUUGCUUUGAACACUUGUCUAGUUUAUCACUACCCCAACCAUAUUUAAAACAACAAACUUUGGGAAUUCAUCAACCCCUAACAGAUAUGACAACAUCGACAAGUUUUGUCACAUCUAAUUUAGACAGAAUAAGUUGUGUAUGUUUAUGUGAAAGAGAUAAUAACAAUGGAUUGAUUAAAACUAGUCAGUGUUCAAUUCCUAAAGAUAAACUGUUCAAUGACAGUAAUACUGAUAAAGAGAAUGAAGAGUCACAUUGUUCAAAGCUACCUGGUAAUAAGAAAAACCAGUGUAAUAUAGAAAUAAAUAAUCCUCAAUUAUCAAGAACUGAAUUGUCAGCAGCUAAUCUAGAACGUAGACGUAAACCACAUGUACGCACAGCUCAAACAUUAGCAUUAGUUGCAGCAAAUUUCAUUAUAUCUUAUACACCAUAUCUUGUUUAUACAACAAUGCCAAUACAAAUAAGACAAGUAGUUCUUUUAAAAGAUAAACCACAUUAG